AUGAUACUUGCUGAACGUGCUAACAGAAAACUGUAUAAAAAGUUGAAAAACAGUAUAAAGAAACAGAAAGAAAAGUCAAAUCAGAGAGAAGACACGGUCAACCGGGCAGCACGGUCAUCUGCUCGGUCAGCUGACAGUGAUGAUGACUCUUUUGGAAGUGAUCUUUACAAAGGGAAAGAAGAUAGACAAAGGGUUUCAAAAAUGUCAGAGCUUGAUAGAGCAAUGAUACUUGCUGAACGUGCUAACAGAAAAAUGUAUAAUAAGUUUAAAAUUUGUAUAAAGAAACAUAAAGAAAAGUCAAAUCAAGGAAAAGCCAGACCCUCACCUCACACUGUCAACUGGGCAGGACAGUCAUCUGACCGGGCAGAUGCAAAAGAUGUUGUCCCUGCCCGGAAAAGACUCCGCCUGCAUGAUCCAGAAUCUCAUUAUAAGGCCAUCCAGUAUACUCUCGGUCGUGGAGAGCUUCCAAGUCAGCCACCUUACGCCACCAUGAACCACUCGUAUACUCACCACUACAGGAAAGAAGAGAGAGAAGAGAAAGACAGAGGAGAGAGAAGAGGAAGUUGGGAGAGAAGAAGACGACCAUUGGUCGUUUACACUCGUGAUGCCCACCACGAAACACCACAACCACGAACGGCCGGGCUGGUGUGCACGGCCGUUGUUCGUUGCCACCUCAACCACGGAUCCGUUCGUGGAGAGCAUACCGGUAGGUCUAAUCGUAAAGACGCAGACAGACGAAACAUCACAUCACCUCCUUUAAACAACUCAAACCAUAGUGACAGUGGGUCCCAUAGUGAAGAUGAAGACUCAACGGGUGAUAGUGAUGAUGAGAAAAUGUCCAAAGAGUCCUCGGUUCUUAAGUAUGAAGUCGUGUUCCGAACGUCAAAACUGGCAAAAUGGUUCUCGGAAAGUUGA